UCGCGGUACUGUGCCUGGUGUGGCGGCUGCGCGACCUGAGCCAGGCCCUGCGGGAGGCCGAGGCGGACGGCUACAGCAGGCCAAGUGACUGCAGCCGCUGACCCAGGCCGCCUAUCUGGACGAGGCGCGGCGGAGGCUGGAGGGUCCGGCGCAGCCAGCUGAGGCUUCGCGGGAGGGCUCGGGAACUGAAGGUCCACCGGAAGGAGGAGGCCAAACUAUCGGGCCCGGCAGCGCGUGGCGCGGGGGAUGGAUGCUGCGCCAGGAACGGUCGUCGCGCGCGGUCAGACCGGCUGGACGGGUCCCAGACGCACAGCUCACAGCGCUGGGUAACGUGACGCGGUCACGUGGCGCGCAAUCGGGCUGGCGGCGGCUGACGGAGGCGGAGACUUGGCUGCGACGCGGGGCUGCUGGAGGCCGAGGCGGCGAGGCACCGGGGAGCCGCAGCGGUUGUCACCACGGCAGCCGGUGAGAUGGUUGAAAAAGAAGGUUAUCUUCAAAAAGCUAAAAUUGCAGAUGGAGGAAAGAAACUAAGGAAAAACUGGUCUACUUCCUGGAUUGUUCUUUCUAGUAGAAAAAUUGAAUUUUACAAAGAAUCCAAACAACAGGCUCUGUCCAAUACGAUGCCUGGGAACAGUGUCAGUGAGCGAUAUCUUCAAAACAAAGUUGAGCAACAGCACUGUAGAACAAAAACUGGGCACAAAGCAGAAAGUGUGGAUUUGUAUGGGGCACAUAUAGAAUGGGCCAAGGAAAAAUCAAGCAGAAAGAAUGUCUUUCAGGAUCCUGGGCACAGUCCAGACUGACACAGGAAGCCUGGGUGUCAGCGUCUAUGGGAGAGACGAUCACCCUGUCCUGUACUGGAAACAGCAACAAUGUUGGAAAGUAUAAUGUGGGCUGGUACCAGCAGAUUUCUCCUGGUGCCCCCCAAACUGUCAUGCUUGGAAUUUCACGGCCCUUAGGAAUCCCUGAUCAGUUCUCUGGCUCCAAUACUGGCAACACUGACUCCCUGACCAUCUCGGGCCUCUAGCCUGAGGAUGAGGCUGUUUAUUACUGCUCAUCAUGGGAUGAUAGCCUGAGUGCUCACACAGUGCUCCAGACACAUGGAGAACUGAGACAAAAACUGCCCUUGGCCUCCCGUGAGGUAAAUAACCCCAUGACUGCCUGUGACAAAUGCAGACGAUGACUGUUGCCAACCCUGUGUUGUCAGUGUUAGAGGAAGUGAGGUUGAGCACAUUGCACCUUCUAAUUGUCAGUGGGGUUUUUUCCCACGUAGUAUUCAUUUAUUAAAAAUAAGAGGGCAGCGCCUGUGGCUCAGUGAGUAGGGCACCGGCCCAAUAUGCCGAGGG